GUCCAGAUUGCAAAUACAUCGGAAAUAAAAGAAAAAUGCAGAUUUUGCGAAAAAGAUAUUCUGAUAACAGAUCUUAGAGAUCAUUUGAAGGAUUGUGAUGAUAAUGUACAAAAUGUACAGUCAACAGAACCUUUUGCAGAAAUACAAAGCACAUCUAGUUUUAACCUUCCAACAGAAUUUGAUUCGGUUGACAAUUCAGAUGAAGAUCUUCCACCUUUGCAUUUAGCUAGAAAUAAUAAUGAAACCACUACUGAAAUGACGGGACAGACUGAAGAUCUAUUGAAGCGAACAAUAAACUCUUGCAUAGAUUUCUGUACCGAACAUAAGGUAACAGAUCCUGUUGACAUUCUUCGGCACAUACAAGAGAAAAUUGUUUGUGGCCGAGACCUGGAUCUUUCAGAUGAUGCCACAACUAAUGAUGGUGAAACCAAUUUUAUUUUGGUUGAUAGGGAUACUUUGUUGCAAUCGGCUUUUGAAGAGAUAACUGCCCUUACAGAUCUUAGAUUGACUUUGCAAGUACAGUUUUAUGAGGAGGGUGCAGUUGAUUUGGGUGGACCACGAAAGGAAUUUUUUGCAAUUCUAAUGAGAGAUAUCAAACAGAAGUAUUUUGAUCCAGUUAAGGAGUGGUCAAAAGAUUAUGAGGUUAUUGGGAAGAUAUUUGCUCUCAGCAUCCUUCAGAAUGGAGCUCUACCACGAAUCAUGACAACAGAUCUGAUAGAAGAACUUUUUGAAACGGAGGAACCAAGGCAAUUUGUAAAAGACCUUCGCAGGGGUCUUGAUUCUUUGGGAUUUUAUCAGUUGGUCAGAAGUUUACCCUCAUUAAUCCACUUGUUCACACCAAUUCAACCAACCCCGAUCACUUUCAAGAAAAUAACAACUUUAUUGAAGCCUGAGUUUGCUGCAGAGGGGUCAAAUCGAACGAAAGCCGAAAAAAAAGUCUAUUCUAAAUUUCUUAAAUAUUUAAGAGAAGCUGCUAGUGGAAGAAGGGGCGAUGUUAACUUAGCCAAAGUUCUGAAAUUUGCAACCAGUGUGGAAGAGGAACCAAUAUUAGGGUUUACAUUGCACCCAAGUCUACAUUUUUCAGAGCGUAAAUCACAUCUACCCACAGGCAAUACGUGCAUCAACCGACUAAUGCUAACAGUUCCAGAGAAUGGAGGGAAGCUUCCUGAAGAAGAUGUCUUGUUUAACUUUUUCGAUUACGCUUUCUGCAAUGCUUACUAUGGAUUACAGUAGUCAGAUCUUGAGUUCAAUUACAUUAUGUGUAUUUUGUUAAUUACUAGCAGAAAUAGAAAACACUGCUCCUCGUAUAGAACAUGUGUUUAUACUAUUAGAAAGAUA